UCAAUGUCAUAUUAUAAUUGUUCAAAUUGUUGUUGUCUGAUAUUAUGUUCGAAUUGAAAUAAAUAAAUAUAUUAUUUUAGUACAUUAUUCAGAAAGUUAGUAAUAUCAAGAAUUUAAUUCUAUUAAGCAUUAUAGAAGCUUCCUAAAUAACGAGAGUUGUUUUUGUUAUCAACAUUUCAAAGGGAUGUCGGGGGACGGCAGUGGUGGUGGCGGGUCAGCGGUGGCGCUGGUCACGGGCGGCUACGACCACACUAUCAAGCUGUGGCAGGCGCACAGCGGCGUCUGUUUGCGGACUAUGCAGCACCCUGAUUCCCAAGUGAAUGGCCUGGAGAUAUCCCCCACUGGUCAGAUGGUGGCGGCGUGCGGGUACCAACAUAUCCGCAUGUACGACCUGGCCAGCGCCAACCCAGACCCUGUCGUCAAUUUCGAAGGCAUCACCAAGAAUGUAUCUAGAGUUGGAUUUCAAAAAAAUGACCUGUGGAUGUAUACGGGUGGUGAAGACUGGACAGCCAGGAUAUGGGACCCAAGAGCCGCACCACAGUUCCGCUGUACAAAGAUAUUUCAAGUGCAAGCCCCAGUGAAUGCAGUGAUGCUGCAUCCCGACCAGACAAUGAUUAUGGUGGGAGACCAGAGUGGCAUCAUACAUAUGUGGGACCUCCGGACUGAUCAGAAUGAACAGUUGAUUCCAGAAGCCGAGGCGUCGAUCCAGGACAUAGCGAUCGACCCGGAAGGCAAGAUGAUGGCGGCGGUCAACAACAAAGGGAACUGCUAUGUUUGGUCUCUGGGGGGAGCCGCACCACACCCAGUACCUUUGAAGCAUAUUGUCGCUCAUACGAAAUAUGCUCUAAGGUGCAAAUUCAGCCUUGAUUCCACUAUGUUGGUGACGACAUCAGGCGACUGUUCGGCGAAGGUGUGGCGCACUAAAGACUGGUCGCUGCUCCGGGAGCUGCGCAACGACACGCAGCGGUGGGUGUGGGACGCUGCCUUUAGCAUCGACUCGCGAUAUCUCUUUACUGGUUCCUCGGAUAGUUACGCGCGUCUAUGGGACGUAGAGAAGGGUACCCUCGAGAGAGAGUAUUGUGGACAUCAGAAGGCCAUCACUGCGCUCGCAUUCAGGGAUCAAGCUGUAUAGACUUACUAUGAAUACUAAAAGAAGUACUAUAAGAAUACUGAACUAUUUUGUUACUUUUUAUGAAUAGUUAUUUUAAGUAUGUACAGAUAAAUAGUGUAAGUGCCAUUAGCAUUUAUAUCAGUGCUGGAUUAAACCCAGAAUCCACGAAAGUGAAGUGGACAUGUGAGUGGAGAAAUUAUUUUUGGUUGUUUAAAACCUUCUGUGCUCUGCUUUAGUACAAUUUGGGCCUUACCCAUGUAGUAAGAUCGUACUAAUGAAUACAGAUGACAAUGAUCAAUUAUAUGUUCCUUUUGUACUGAUUUAAUGUAAGGAGACGAGUCACGAACUUUAGGUUGUAACUUAGAAGUAGUUUUUGUAUAUUUGUAAAUAAGUAUAAGCUCAAGAGCUUAAUUGCGUGAAUUGUAUGCACGAAAGCUCUCUGGAGUACAAAGAAAAAACUGUUUAUGUUAUCCCCAACUAUUCGAAAAUGUACUCGAAUCUCGUGCUUCAUCAAUCAAAAAAUGGGGUCAAAAAUUCACGAUAUAUAUAACAUUACCUCCUGGAUGCAUUUAUUGUGUAAAUGAAUUUGUCAUAAAUGUAAUUAAUAGUUUUGUAAAUUAAAACAUUCAUACUAUUUA